UAUGAGCAGUGCAACGAUUGGUUUCCAGAGUGACCAGCGCUUGUCGACCCUUGAGGUGCUAACAAUACAUCUGCAGCAUGGAAAAUCGAGGCGGCCCUCCGAAAGCCCGCCAAGUGACCUCAGCCUUUCGACCACCGCAGCUUCUGAACGAAGGCCGCGCCCAGCUAUUUUACCCAAUCCUUGUCCCCCUACUACAACUUCCAAACACAUCACCAUAAUUCAUCACACAAGUUCAUUGCCUACUCUACCAAGAACACCAUCUUCAAUCAUGAGCACUCAGAAGCAGUCAUCGUUGAUCACAAGCGGCCUGUUAGUCGUGUCGGUGAUCUUCCCCUUGCUUGCCUUUGCCUCCAUUAUCUUGCGAUGGAAAUCAAGGCGAGUAUCCAAACAAAACUUCGGCUCGGAUGACUGGUCUAUCUUAAUCUCCUGGAUCACAACAUUUGCUCUCAGUGUACAUGUGUGGGUUUUCACGCCAAUGAUUGGGAUUGACUACUACUCAAACCCAUCCUCAGUCUCAAAAUCACUCCAGUGCCUAUUUCUAGCCAGCGCUCUGGUCCAGAUCCCUCUAGCAUCCGUCAAGAUAUCCAUCCUACUUUUCUACCGACGAAUAUUCAGCGUGGGAAUCUUCAAGCGAAUUGUAAUAGUGGUCGCAGGCCUAAUAGCAUGUUGGGGCAUUAUAAUCUUCGUUCUCAUGCUCAACAUGUACGAUAACAUAACAACAGCCUGGGGCAAAAGCACAGGUUCACCACGCUAUGACCCUGCGAAGUUCGGCUAUGCGCAGGUUGGAAGCAGCAUCGCGCUAGAUGUUCUUGUGUUGUGUCUCCCAUUGCCACUCGUCUCUAGAUUGCACUUGGAGUGGAAAAGGAAGGUUGCGGUUGCCCUCAUUUUCUGUCUCGGCUUCGUGUGUGUCAUUGCUGCUACAGCGCGUUUUAUUGUAUUGCAUCGGUCGCUACAUCUAGUGCUAGAGUCUUCAGGAAACAGUGCUGUUCACUUACAGUCGCAAAAUUUCAUCUUGAUGAUCAUAGAACCAAAUAUUUCUGUCGUUGCAGCCUGUUUACCUUGCUACGGCCCGCUGGUAAAAGGUGGACGUUCCCAGAUGUCCCUUAUCAACAGUGUGCGCUCUAUGUUCUCGCUGCGCAGCCGUCAGGACUAUGCGCAGUACGGUAGUGGGAGAUCAGAGGGCAACUCAGCUACUGAAUCUCAAAUUGAACUUAGAAAAGGUCGAAUGCAAGCAAAUUAUGUUGCAGAGCGCUUCUCCGACGAGGGCGGAGAAGUACAACAAGGCGGCAUCAACGUUACAAGGAACGUACAGGUGGUGCGCAGCUGA